AGAUCUUCAUUCUCUUGAGAUCUAAUAGCAAAAGCACAAACGGUAUAUGAACUUAGUAGUCUCGAUCAUAACUGUCAUAGGAGUGUCUCCAACCAGAGACACAGAAGGGUUACUACUACAACUCAGAGUAGUGAAACAUGGGGUUCCAACAACAUGGGGAUAAUGGAGAUAUGGGGUUGUCUGGAAUCCCAUUGGGAUCAAAGAACAAGUACAAGAGAAUGAAUUCAGAGCUUGCAGAAGACUAUGAUGAUGUCUUGAACCAACAACGACACAUAGAAGAAAGGAGGAGCAGUACUAGGAAAUAUGUUCUAGCUUGUGCCAUCUUUGCUUCCCUCAACAAUGUUCUUCUUGGCUAUGAUGUUGGUGUAAUGAGUGGAGCAGUUAUAUUCAUCAAAGAGGAUCUGAAGAUAUCUGAGGUGAAGGAAGAGUUUCUGGUUGGCAUUCUGAGCGUUGUUUCUCUAUUGGGAAGUUUAGGAGGUGGAAGAACAUCAGAUAUGAUUGGUAGAAAAUGGACUAUGGCUGUAGCAGCAGUGGUGUUCCAAUCUGGUGCACUCACAAUGACUCUUGCUCCUUCAUUUUCAGUUCUAAUGAUUGGAAGACUCUUAGCAGGUGUUGGAAUAGGAUUUGGAGUUGUCAUAGCUCCUAUUUACAUUGCAGAGAUUUCACCAAACAUCUCUAGAGGCACCCUCACUUCCUUCCCUGAGAUUUUCAUAAACAUUGGAAUCUUACUUGGCUAUGUAUCAAACUAUGCCUUCUCAGGCUUCUCAGCACACAUUAAUUGGAGGAUAAUGCUCGCUGUGGGAAUUCUUCCUUCUGUGUUCAUUGGUUUCGCCCUUUUCGUUAUCCCUGAGUCCCCGAGGUGGUUAGUAAUGCAGAACAGAAUUGAAGAAGCCAGACAAGUUCUCUUGAAAACAAUUGAGAAUGAGAAAGAAGUAGAUGAGAGACUGGCAGAAAUUCAGCAGGCUGCUGGAGUUCCUUCCAAGGAGGACAAACCGGUGUGGCGCGAAUUGAUCUUCCCUUCUCCUUCUCUUCGCCGGAUGCUAAUCACAGGAUGUGGUAUCCAAUGUUUUCAGCAGAUUACUGGAAUUGAUGCAACAGUGUAUUACAGUCCUGAGAUAUUCAAAGCUGCUGGGAUCAAGGACAAUUCAAAGCUUCUAGCAGCAACAGUUGCUGUUGGAAUAUCAAAAACUAUUUUCAUAUUGGUUGCCAUAGUUCUUGUUGAUAAACUAGGUAGGAAGCCUCUUCUUUACAUAAGCACAAUUGGGAUGACUAUUUGUUUGUUCAGCAUAGGAGCUACUCUUUCUAUAUUUGGACAAGGAUCCUUUGUGAUUGCAUUGGCUAUUCUCUUUGUCUGUGGCAAUGUUGCAUUCUUUUCGGUAGGACUAGGACCGAUUUGCUGGGUUGUUACAUCUGAAAUCUUCCCUUUAAGGCUUCGAGCUCAGGCCUCGUCGCUUGGAUUCGUUGGCAAUAGACUCUGCAGUGGCCUUGUUGCCAUGUCUUUUCUUUCUGUUGCUCGUGCAAUCACAGUUGCUGGAACAUUCUUUGUGUUUGCUGCUAUUUCUGGUCUUGCUGUUUUGUUUGUCUACUUUCUGGUUCCUGAGACCAAAGGGAAGUCAUUGGAGCAGAUAGAGAUGGUUUUUCAGAAUGAACUUGCUAUGCAAGGAAGCCAAAUAGAGCUUGGAGAUGUUGAAGUUGAACAACUUGUGCAGAACAAAACCAUUUUAACAAAUUGAUUCUAGCAUUAUUCUUUCUCUUUUGGUUUUACCUUUAAGAAUUCAUUAGCAGAGUUUUAGGCAGAGAGCUGGUCUGAUAAAAAAUUUUAUUAACUAGCAUGUAUGAUAGUUGAAAAUUGCUAAAUGAAUUGAUAUGUUUGACUAAA